GCACAUCUAGAUUUCAUCCGACAAACACAGAGAUGUGUCUUAUCAGCUUCCUUCUCUUCUCUCAAGCUGUGGCUGUUCAGAUGACUCUUUACCCAGUUGAGGACAUUGUAUUUACUAAAGUGAAUGGCACUGCCAAGAUCUCUUGUUCUUCUGAUAAAGAAUUAAAUAACAUCAGUAGAUUUCUGUGGUAUAGAAAGACUUUUGCAUUGGGAGAACCUCUAAAGACAGUUGUGUCGUGCACGGGCAACAAUAAUCCACAUAAAUACUUAUGUAACUCUGAUGCAAACAGAACAUCACUAGAGAUAUUUAAUGGGCAAAAACAUGACUCAGGGAUAUAUUACUGUUCUUCAUUCGAUGCUAUCGCUGAAAAGGGGAUACGUUUAAUUGUGGGAGUUUCAGCGUUAGUUGCCCAAUUCGCCCCGCACCAACCUCAGGAAUUCCUGUUUGUUCCUGUUGGAGGGAAAGCCAAAAUCUCUUGUGUUUCGAAUGGAACGUUGUUAAGAAUUUCCUGGUACCGAAGAACAUGGAGGGUUGGAGAAAACCCUGAGCUUGUUCUCGACUGGGGAGAAGUGAAUAAAGGACAUAAAUAUCAUCACAGAGAGGAUAACAGCAGCCUGGAAAUAUAUGAUGUGCAGGAGGAGGAUUCUGGGAUCUACUAUUGUGCAGAUCUACAUAUGUCACUGUCACUGAUCUUCUCUAAAGGGACAACUCUCAUUGCUGGAGACAGCUUCACUGCAAACACUUCAGUCCACCUGAUGGUUCCUCCUUCUGCUUCUCUUCCAAACACCUCAGUGCAACUGGCCUGUGUGGCUUCAGCUGUUCAGCAUAUGGUGCAUAUUACGUGGAACAUCUCAGGGACUUGCCAGAAGGGCAGGAUCAUUGCUAUGGAAGAACCUGGUGGCACAUUGACUUUCCUCAGUUAUAUCACAAUUCCCAGAGACACUUGGUACCAGGGGAUGAGUUUGUCUUGUCAAGUGAAGUUUAAUUCCUCUCCCACUGCUGUCCAUAGACAGGCUACAGGACUAGAUGCUGAAGAUGAAGGUUCUCAUUCAACAUGUUUCAUACUUGCCUUGACUGUCUGUCUUCUAUUGUUUCUGCUGCUUUCAACACAUCUCUACUGGGUCUGGAGGAGACCAGUAAAUGCAAGAAAUGCUCCAUGGAGAAGAGAAGCAAACCCACAGGAUGAGAUUUUAUAUUCACAUCUGGAUCCACGGUCAUUUCCCCAGAGAAGGCAGUAACUACGGUGUAUCAGGAUGAUGAAGAAUCUUAUUUAACGGCAACUUUACUCAAUAAAGGAUUGAUUUCUCCA